AUGUCAUCAGAACUCUUCGCACUUCUCUCUCAUCGUACCCUUCCAUCUGAGCAUCAUCUCAAUGUCAACUCAUGCUGUCCCACAAUGGACCUGGCAGUCUUCACCUGCCCAUCUGCCGCCACCGUUGCCGGUACACCGAUCACUUCGACAGAGGUUCCUCGACCCAAAAGCGCGAGUUUCGAUACUUUGACAUGCUACCGCUUGGGAAACUCUACUCCGACGGUCUGGUCGGUAGUCGUCAACCAGUUCUUUACCGGAUCUAUGCCAUGCUGCGAUCCCUCCAGUCGACACGUUCAGGUCGACCCAGCUGCACGAUACGAUCAAAUUACAGCUUUGCAUUGGAGUCCAGACGGACAAUUCCUCGCAGCUGCUUUGGGCUCGAGCUCAGGUACCCGACCCCCAGCAUUGAUCCUCUUGAGCGUUCAUGAUGGCCAAUUGCUAGUCCCGCCAACUAUCAUUCCGGAAGAAUCCACUUCGACUGAGCAUCCCCGAUCAUCUACGGUCAAAAAUCCAGACCGAAGCAUCCAUUUCGCUGCUUGGCUGCCUUUGGAUUCACCUGACAAAUCGUCACGUCACACCGAAGCAGAAAAUUGGCAACUGAAAUCGACCGGGGAAGCUAUAUGCGAUAAUCUUCCGGCUAAUUUACCUGUUCGGCCGAUGUUGGAUUUGGAAAUGCUGAAUAAUGAUUUGGGAGCCGUGUCUACGUCUGAUGCAACCGGGAAAGCAAAAUCAUCCUCUUCAAUCCAGUUUCCACCUUCGUUGUUCAAGGGGAACCAAGCGCAUCCAAAAACCGGCGUAAAUUCUCUGCUUAUCCUAUCUUCGCACCGUGACCGAAUCCACUUUUUCAUCAAUGGCACUGUCUAUUUGGGAAGCACGACUCUACCUGAUAAUGCUCAACUGAGAAGUGUACGACUUAUGGCUCUCGAUCCAUCUGUCGUGCCUGACACCCAGGCACUUCCACCUAGACACCUGGGUUCAAUCCGUUUACAGUUGUUCUGGCUUACGCUUGAGGGUACUAUCAGUUAUGGUCACCUGGACAUGAGAUCCGCUUGUAUCCCGCGUGUAGCAUCUGGAAACGUACCCCUGCCCAUCGACAGCCCCUUUGUUUCGAAGCCGACGUUGGCCGUCUUGGGAGUUCGCUCGCAGGAACUAGAUCAACAAAUCAGGCUUUCUCAUUCCAUACAUGGCUUGUUGAGGGAUUGUCUAUUUGGAUAUUUCAGCAUCAUCAAGGAAUGGCGGCUGUGUAGGUCUGGAGCUCAAAAAUGGUACGACAGCUUUGAUGAAAUCAGCAAGGCACAUGGCGGUAGGGUCCCCCUUUCGUUACAAUAUCCCAUCAUGUUGCAAUUGUGGCCAAGCACAGCCAUGAUAAGAUCAACUCGUCUAACUGUUGGAUGUGACUCUUCUAUGCUUCAAUUAUUAUUUCUCGGUCAAGCUUCUGAAGGCUUACGUGACUUUUUGGGGACAAAGACAGCUGAAAGAGUUUUUUCAAAGUGGGAAUUCGCUAGUGCUGGUGGCAUGAGUAGAAUACGCUGCGCAGUUGUUGAGUUGCUGGUUCCCAAUCUAGAGAGACUCUUUGUGUUGGUCACGGAGUUCAGAAAUCAUGUAUAUCCAGAUAUUGCGCAGCCAAAGCUGAUUGAGGAUUCGAAUUUUGAAGCAUUGUUGCUGGUCGAAGCAUUACUCAAGCAAUUGUUAUUCUCUGUACACGAUCUGGAUCAUCAGCUUGAACGAGAAGAAUACGCAUACAAGGAAUUUUGCAAGUGGCUAAGGUCUGCUGAAAACGCGGCUGGUCCACCCAACAGACCACCAAUCACAUACGACUUUAUGACUGUCAGUAAGUUCAUCCAACGUGGAAAUACCAACGAGCUCGAUCAGGUUAUAUUCAGUCAACAAGCUGGCGAUGACAAUGAUCAUGUGGCUUUGCGACUGCAACAUCAUCACCUCAUUCAAGAAUACUACGAAAGUCUUUUUGAUAUCAAUGGACCCCAAACACGAGAACAGCACAAGACAAGACUUGACGAUCUGCUGAAUCAAAUAGGGAAUCAUGAACCACACUUACCCUACUCUGGAGUGCUGCCAGUCUCUCAGCCCCAUAUCAGCUCUACUUUGCCUAUUCAUGCUACACCUGAUACUAGCCACUUUCAAAUAAACCCGAACCAGGAUUUUCAGACUCCCGGUGUUUUAGCUCACUUGACCAACCGAGAUGAAGCAAGCUUGACACCUUCCAAUAUACUUCCUCAUUGCUUGCGUCGGCAGACGGUUUCUUCAGAAAGUUCUCCACCUAAUCUAAAACUGAAUGAAACUCUUACGACACAAGGCGGGACUUUGAGUUCUCGGGGAAUCUACGCUAAUUUAAUGUCAUGCUCGAGUUAUCUUUCUGAUGUGAUGACAAGUAUCUUUGAAAGGAUUGGAUCAAAUCUGACAGUGGACGUGUUCAAGAAUAAACCUAAUUUGCCUAAUACUCCCAAAAAGUUGUUGUGUUCGCGUUAUGUGGAUUCCUGUCAAUACUUUGCAUACCUGGGUAGAGAGGAUCAGAUUGAUGUGCGUAGGAUCCGGGUCAAUGUGUCACCUGAUCAAUCACAAACAUUUGAGGAUGCACAGGCGUCAGUCAUGUGCCGGCUCGCUGGUAAGGGAGAUGAGACACUCGAGCACGUCAUCGUUCUCGAUUUGGCAUUCUUCGAUGAUCUCGAACUAGUGGUCUUGGGGCAGCUAGGGACAGCUACUCGUUACGUGCUUCUCACAAUCCGGUAUCCGCAGCUCUUCGACGGAAAAACAGACGUGUUGGAAUGCUUACCGAUAUAUAGAUUACAUCAACUUCAAUCAGAAUAUUCACCAGAACAAAUCAGUUUGAAUGGAAACAAAGGACGUAGAACAGGAUGUGUGAUAUCAGGAAAAGGUAGAGUUUUACAUGUGUUUGAUAUGGAAGAUGAAGAAGGAAGUGAAGAUGUAGAGAUGGAAAAGGAUGAUUGA